AUGGACCCCUUGACGCCCAUCUCGACCGAGGCCCUUGCGCACGCCGCCGGAGCCGCGCUCGAGACGGUUUUCCAAGGCGUACGGAUCCGAAUCGCCUGCCAUUGCAUGUUUAUCAAGUCCAGGAUGCACCAAGAUCCUAAAGGUCAGUCUUUCAAGACGAAGAGACAGCCUACGUGCUUUGGCAUCCAGGCUGUGGCACCACAGCGGAAAUCAAUGAGUAGGUACAAGCGAUCCGGCGUCUUGCAUUGGGCUUUGAUGACAGUAAUGAUUUCAGCUGGGAUGGUAAUCGGAGCGAGCCAGCGGACAGGCACAUUCGACAUCCAUGAUGUUGACGCCAUAGAAAACGCACUAGCUAACGGGUACCUCACAUGCAUCUUUCUGGGGACCUUCAUCAUGAGCAGCGAGACUUCAACGUAUCUGUCAUCGUCGUUCGGGGACGAAUUUUCCUCAGAAGAUUCGUUUGAAGAAGCCCUCUACGAAGCUUUGGUCAAUGCGCCCAGCAUCUUCCAGUCAGAUGACUUCACGGGGUAUGCCGAGCUCCCUGGGCACAAGGCCAUGUGGAUCGAUGCGACCCGUUACUACUGCAGAUGCCUGGACCCGCUCUGCGUCCAGAGCCGUGUGCUGAUCAAGCACGGCGGGGACAACCAAUGCCUCAUGGCGGUUGAGGCAUCCAAUCCAUCUCAUGUGUUGAGCUGCGGGGAUUUUUACCGAGUCGCAGAUCCUGCACGCACCGCACUGGACGGCAAACUGCCCGAACUCCCCAUCCCGUCCGUCUUCAAAGGUAACCCCAACGCGCAGGGCUUCCUGAACGGCAUGUCUGGGUACAUGUUGGGAGGAGUGGCUGAGCGGGGCCUAAGGAAUUUUGUGAGAGAGUUGCACCGACAAGAAAGCCACCCGUUGGCCGAAUGGAUAACUCACGAGUAUCAGUUGCGCAGGCUUGCGGACGACAACUCUCCUGUCGCCAGCGCGAGGGGAAUCAAAAGGAGUCACGGGAUUUUUAGAAAACUUAUUGCCAAUCUUGGAGACGCUGGCAGUGGGAGCGAGCUGUGGCUGUACCGCAACACUCGCACCGACGCGAGCAUCAUUGCCACGAAAGGUGGUAACAUAUCCUUUAUGGAGCCCUCUUUGACGGAAUCGGCCGAAGUUCGAGAAGCCCUAUCUUCCAUCGCCAAUAUGAGUGUCGAGUUUUCUGGAAUCCAGGCCCUUACAAUUGAAGUUGAAGACGUUUUGAAAUGCGCCGAAGAGGGUCCAGGCUACUUGGCAGCAGACAAGCGACACGUGCUGUACAAAUUGGUGAAGGAAGUCGAUGCAUCAGGGAGUCCCAUGCAGUGUUUAGAGGCAGGUGUGUCGCUGGAGACGCUUCCGGGAACGAAUGGCGGAGUGUCGGUGGAAAGGUCGCUUGGUAUGGCAGAAACGGCGCUGCCCGCCAUCGAUGCUGCGCUGGCCGUUGUGUCUCGCGAAGCACCCACCUCAUCCAGCCCUACUGAGAUCACCCUGGCAUUCGUAGUGGCAACUUCUACCAUCAUUUUCGAGCAGCUGUCAAUUGGUGUGACACUCGUGGUGAGCGCAUCAUUCAGACUCAGUACAUGGCUCAGACGCCAGCCGAGCUGGCCUGGAGCGAUUGCGGCGUGCUCCGGUACCCGCUGGCCGCACACAACCGCGCUGCGCAAGUUGAGCAAGCCAUCUAGUAGUACCCGCAUUCGGAUGGGCAAGGUCUUUCCGGCAAAGCUCUUCCUGGCGGUACUCAUAUUCGUGCUUCCAGAGGUGACCGUUCUGGGAUGGACGUUCCUCCCCCUUGUGCUGCUGAUCAUCAAGGAGCACAACGUCUACUGGACCCACACCUUCUAUGAUGCCAACAUCUUGCGCAUACCUCAGCCGUUGUCUGGCAGUACGGUGGUUGUAAACACGCCCAUGAGGAUCAUAACGAAGCAAGUUUCGCCCAAUUACCUCUGGGUUCUGGCUUGGGGUAUACUGGUUUUCGCUGUUGCGGUUGUGUUUCAUCGGAGAAAGUUGUUCAGGUGGUGCAGCGUCAUGCGGAACUUCAAUGCCGAUCAAGUGCAAAGGAGGGACGGCCGCAGUAUUGCCGAAAAGGAGUGGUUCGAGCCUUGGCUGUGGGGCAUGUGGCAUCUCUAUUGCGACGAUCUGACAGGCAAUCGGGAGGACGUGCUGUGCGACGUUAGCAGAGUAUAUGCGAUCAAGAACAAGUCCGCAGUCCAGAUGGUGGAUUUCAGCCCGUGGGAUUCUGCAUUCAAAAUAUGCUGA